AACAGGUGAUUGCAUUACGCUGUGUUGGAUUGAAAGGGUCGGUCAUAGGUGACACUACCCUAUCCUCCCCACGGUUCAAUGCGUGUGAAGAGGGGCAUGUAGAGGGUUUAGGAAACGCACCCCAUCCAUCGUCGCCCUGUUUCUUCCACCUCCGCAAUCCUUCCAGCCCCAUCCCAAAAUCCUAACUUGCUGCGUCCCGUGGAAUCGAAGCUUCUGAUCUUCAACUGGGUCGUCGUUGGUUUUGUUUUCGCGCGUCUGGUUUGGGAGCUGGGAGCGAUGGGAGCACCCACUGCUUUGUUUGUUGGCUCGAAGCUGCCGGCGUAUCUGUGGGCACCGAAUGGAGGAGUGGCGAGGACGCAACGCGGAGAGCAAUGUUUGCAACAAGUGUGGGGGAAGGGAUGUGGUGCCGCAGGCAGCAAAGGCAGCGUGGUGAUGGCUAGGACUGGAGCCAUGGAUAGUUUCCCUGGGGUUUCGAUGCGGGGGCCCGGUGCACCUGGCGGAAUUGAGCAAUUUGCUCGGUUGCAGGAUUUGGAUCCCGCGACGAUGCUUUUGCAGCAGAGGAUAUUGUUCCUGGGGUCUCAAGUGGACGACUUCUCGGCUGACGUGAUCAUCAGCCAGUUGUUGCUGCUGGACGCGCAGGACCCGACUAAGGACAUCAAGCUUUUCAUCAAUUCGCCCGGGGGAUCAGUGACUGCGGGCAUGGGGAUAUACGACGCCAUGAAGCUGUGCAAGGCGGAUGUGUCAACUGUGUGCUUUGGCCUUGCGGCGUCCAUGGGAGCGUUCUUGCUGGCCGCAGGGACGAAAGGCAAACGGUACUGCAUGCCCAACGCAAGGGUGAUGAUUCACCAGCCGUUGGGUGGCGCCGGUGGCACAGCCAUUGACGGCGCUUUGCAGGUGCGGGAGAUGAUGUAUCACAAGUAUAAGCUCCAGAAGAUAAUGUCGCGGCUCACUGGGCAGCCAGAGGCGAAGGUGGAAGCUGACACGGACAGAGACAAUUUCAUGAAUGCGUGGGAGGCAAAGGAGUAUGGUCUCGUGGAUGGCGUGAUUGGGGACGGCAACCCUGAUAUUGUGGCACCAAUUGGCUCACCCAUUGAGCCACCCAAACCCAAGAUUAACUCGAAUUGGACCAUCAAGGAAUUUAGGGAGAGGAGAUACAUGCCUUCCGAGGACGCCGCCGUCAGGCAGAUUGAACCCCCCAAGGGGGAACCCACUGCUGUCUGAUUCUUCCAUCCUCACAAUUAGGGUUUAUGGUCAAGCUUAGGGUCUGGGUCUUUGGAGAGGGUAUUCAGUGCAAGCGUUUCUCAGAGUUAUCACGAACAUUGCUGAAUCAUUGCAGGGUUUUCAAAGUUAACUUCGGAAGCACUCAUUUGUUGGUUAGAGGCUACCUAGUUGUAUUUUGUUCGUUGCAGAUGUGUGCUGUAUUCCUUUGUCCCAAAUCCUGGACGGAGCAUUUUCCUCUGAGUAGCAUCUUUUUGCCUCGCUGCAGGGAUCACACGUUGCGUUUACCUAUCUACAUGAACCGUUCGUUUGCAGUGAA